AUGUACACCUUCGCUAUUGUUUUACUCCUGGUUGCAUUUCAAGUCAGCUGUGAUGCCGCCCCAAGCGGCUUAAUUCCAGAGCCAACAACUCAUGCGGAUGUCUCUCAAGGGAAACCUGCGGAUGUCCCUCAAGAGAAACCUGUGGAUGUCUCUCAAGAGAAACCUGUGGAUGUCCCUCAAGACAUAUCUGCGGAUGUCCCUCAAGAGAAACCUGCGGAUGUCCCUCAAGAGAAACCUGCGGAUGUCUCUCAAGAGAAACCUUCGGAUGUCCCUCAAGAGAAACCUGUGGAUGUCUCUCAAGAGAAACCUGCGGAUGUCUCUCAAGAGAAACCUGCGGAUGUCCCUCAAGAGAAACCUGUGGAUGUCUCUCAAGAGAAACCUGCGGAUGUCCCUCAACAGAAACCUGCGGAUGUCUCUUUAGAGAAAUAUUUGGAAAAAAGAGCUGGUAGGUAAAUUCCACAACAAAACUUAACAAGAAGACCCCAAUCUUGCGGAUGUUUAGAUGGCUUUACUGUUAAUUUCUGUGUACCAGGGUGUUUUCCUUUUUCAUAAGAAAAUUUCAAGGACAGUGUAAUGACUACAGAUUCCUUGGGAAUUACACUAUUUGUAAUGUAAUACAUGUAUGAGUUGUUUAAACAUUUUCAUUCAACAUUGAGUUAAACCAAAGUUGUUUCCAGAAAAGGAAUUACCGUUAUCCCAGUUCCAAAAUUUUUUCCUGUUGACAGUUUGUUCACAUUAUUGGAAAAAUUUAUUAAAAAAUUUUCAAUUUGUAGCUUGCACCGACAAACAAGAUCGUGGAAAUUGUGAAUACUGGAGGAAGAGCGGUUACUGUCAUCGAAGUAGCAGAUACUAUGCGUAUAUGCAAGAUCACUGCUACGCCACCUGUAGUAACUGCAGAAGUACAAGUAAGUAAAGUACAUGACAUACUGUGAAUACUCUGAUAAUGAGUUACAUCCUGUUUUUAGCCCAUUGCUUACAUUAAAAAAAAUUUCAAUAUAUCCAAUUUGCAGCGUGUCGGGCAGACAAACAAGAUCGUGGAAAUUGUCAGUACUGGAAGAAUAGCGGUUUCUGUCAUCGAAGCAGCAAAUACUAUGGGUAUAUGCAAGACCACUGCUACGCCACCUGUACUAACUGCAAGUGUAAGUAAAAUGCACGAUAUACAACAGUGAAUAUUUAAAUCAUGUGGUUUUUAGCAUAUCGCAAUAAUCCAGUACUUUGCCACUGGUUUUCACCCUCAGGUAGUAAUAUAUAAGUCCUUAACUGUUUCGAUUCACAAACAACUUCUGCUGUCUUUUGCAGCUUCGCUACAGUUAAUUGAUAUUUCCAGGUUUCCAUUAUGAUAUUUCUCCCAAUAAAUUGUGCUGGGCGAUGGACUUAAAAAAAAUCGCGGUACUCUGUCUUCCAAUGUAUAAUAUGUUAUAAGUAUACACAAUUGAGUGAUUGAACCAGGCUUAAACACUUCUGUUUACAUUCAACGUUAUGAUCCCAGUUGUGUGAAAGACGAUUUGCACCUUAUCAACAGUUCAGUGUUCUUACAAUUUAAUCAGCUAAAAUAGAGUUCAUUAUUUGUGUUUCAGCGCAAUCCACUACAGCCAAUCAAGGUGAGUUCGUAACUAAUGAAUCAACCACGAGAGACCGUAUCAUACUACACUUCCAAACACCGAGAAAAGAGUUGACACCAUGGCACUCAGCGAAGUACUUUUGACCAGUCUUGACGUGUUUGUAAAUGUCGUAGGUGUUUGGAGUAUAUUCUCAAACGAUCGAAAGGAGAAAACGGAGAAAUAAAGACGUGAAAAUCUACUAAGAUCAUAAUCGAAACACUCCCACGAUCACGGUUUUCUUUGUUAAACGCAAUGAAUGACUAAUCAGUUAGAGAAUUACACGCUCUAGUUGCUGGUCAUGAGUAGGCUAACAUUCGACACCUAAUCCGGCAAUUCAAGUUUGAUUCUGCGGUGAAUUUACCUUUAUCAACUUUAAGUUGAUAUAACAGCAGCAUAUAACAUAGUAAAUAGUUUGAGGCCAUGGGUAUCAGUAGUUCGUAUAGUGAGAUCGCUCGGGUGAGAGUAGUUCUAAAAAAGUUACCAACAACAGCUCUUUUUCAGAACUACAAUUGGCAGCUGCAGGCCGUGAAUGACACUGUACUAGCUAUUCAGGCUGAUAGUUAGCUAAGCAAGCUUUCAACUUGACCGUUGAAAAAUUCUUUGAUGACGAUUUUGAAUUCAAUUUCUUAAACAUCACUCUUUUAUUUCAGUUUCUAAAAUAUUCCAGUUAUAAAAGCUAUAAUACAAGUGCAGUUGUAGAUAUGAUUUUUAAAACCACAAUGUGGCCGGCGUUAUUCAAACCUUUUAAAAAACACAAACUUUGUGGGUGUAAUUAUAUUUACAGAACACUAAAAAGGUGGCCGGGAAUCUGUACAAAUCAGAAUUUUCUCUGACAUUGAACAAAUUUAAAUAUAUCCAAUUUGCAGGGUGUCGCGCAGACAAACAAGAUCGUAGAAAUUGUCAGUACUGGAAGAAUAGCGGUUACUGUGAUCGAAGGAGCCGAUACUAUGGGUAUAUGCAAGACCACUGCUACGCCACCUGUACUAACUGCAACUGUAAGUAAAAUACACGAUAUACAACAGUGAAUAUUUAAAUCAUGCAGUUUUUAGCAUACCGCGAUAAUCCAGUACUUUGCCAUUGGUUCGUACCUUCAGGUAGUAAUAAGUCUCAACUGUUUCAAUUCACAAACAACGUCUGCUUUCUUUUGCAGCUACGUUACAGUUAAUUGAUAUUCCCAGGUUUCCAAUAUUAUAUUUCCCUCGAUAAAUUGUGCUCAGUGCGUGACGGACUUACAAAAAUUCGCGGUACUCUGUCUUCCAAUGUGUACGAUGUUAAAAGUAUAAACAACUGAGAGACUGAACCAGGCUAGCUUAGAUACUUCUGUUGAAAUUCAACGUUUUGAUCCCGGUUGCAUUGUGUGAAAGGUGAUUCGCACCUUAUCAGAAGUUGAGUGUUCUUAAAGGGGCUGCGUCACGGCAGUCCAGUUCAUUUUGUUUAAUUUUGCCAAUUACUCGACCACAAUCGGUAUGGAACUUAAAGUAAGCAAAGAAAUUACAGGUAAAUGACAAAAUCAGAGAUCCGAGACAAACAAUUAUGUCUCCUGAGCAUUAUUUUUGAAGUUGCAAGCAGCAGGGAUCAACUUUGAAAAACUGUUAGGUUGAACAGUGUUCAAAAACCCUAAUUUCAAUCCCUUUCAAUCUUCUUCAGUCUUGCCCAUCCCUGGCAUCUGUUGUUUCUGUUAUGUUAUUUUAACCUUCCUUUAAAGUUUUAAGCGGUUAUUUUUGUUUCUCUUAAGUUAACGGGUAUUUUGUAAUUUCCUAAUUUGGCUGAAUUUCGUCGCAGAGCUCCUUUAAAAUUUAAUCAGCUAAAAUACAGUUGAUUUGUGUUUCAGCACAAUCCACUGCAGCCAAUCAAGGUGAGUCCGUAACUAACAUAUCAACCACGAGAGACCGUAUUUUAUUACAUUUCCAGACACCAACAAGAAAGUUGACACUAUGGCACUAGCUCAGCGGCCGGAGUACUUUUGACCAGUCUCGAGGUGUUUGGAGAAAACGGAGACAUAAAGACUUGAAAAUCUACUAAGAUCAUAAUCCAUACACUCUUACGACCACAAUUUUCUUUGUUUAAUUAUAACGCGCAAUGAAUUACUAAUCAGUUUGAGAAUUACACGCUCUAGUUGCUGGUCGUGAGCGGGCUAACAUUCGACACCUAAUCCGGCAAUUCAAGUUUGAUUCUGCGGUGAAUUUACCUUUAUUAACUUUAAGUUGAUAUAACAGCACAAUAUAACAUGGUAAAUGGUUUGAGGCCAUGGGUAUCAGUAGUUCGUAUAGCGAGAUCGUCCGGGUGAGAGUAGUUCUAAAAAAGUGACCAACAACAGCUCUUUUCAGAACUACACUUGGCAGCUGCAGGCCAAUGACACUGUACUAGCUAUUGAGGCUGAUAGUUACCUAAGGAAGCUUUCAACUUGACCGUUGAAAAAUUAUUUGAUGACGAUUUUGAAUUCAAUUUCUAAAACAUCACUCUUUUUCAGUAUUAAUUUCUAAGAUAUUCCAGUUAUAAAAACCAUAAUACAAUGGUAGAUGUAGUUAUGAUUUUUAAAACCACAGUGUGGCCGGUGUUAUACAAACCCAUUUUAAAAAACACAAACUUUGUGGGUACAGAAUAUACUAAAAAGGUACCCAGGAAUCUGUACAAGUCAGAAUUUUCUCUUACACUGAAAAAAUUUAAAUACAUCCAAUUUGCAGGGUGUCGCGCAGACAAACAAAACCGUGGAAAUUGUCAGUAUUGGAAGAAUAGAGGCUACUGUCAUCGAAGGAGCCAAUACUAUGCGUACAUGAAAGACCACUGCUACGCCACCUGUAAUAACUGCCGAUGUAAGUAUAAUAUAUGAUAUACAUGUACAACAGUGAAUAUUUAAAUAGUGACCUACAGUAAAUUACCGCUUUACCUCUGUUAAAAAAUUGACCCGCGCCUGAGCAGUAAGUUUCUAAAUGAAUGUUUCGAGUCACAAACCUGAAAAGGUCCGUUGUCUUUUACAACUAAACGUUAUAGUCAAUCGAUAAUCCCAGGUCUCCUUACGAUAUUUUCCCUAUAAUUUGGGGUGAGCGAUAAAUCAAUCAAUCGAUUAUUAUCGAUUAAAAUUUACACCUGAUUUGUGUUUCAGCAGCCAAGGGGACUACUUCUACAUCCCACCAAGGACGUGAGUUGAAACAAAACUUUCAAUACGAUACUGAUAACUUGGGUAUUGUUCUACAGCAGGUUUGGUCUAGGGCAGGGUAGAGAAAUUGGAGAUGCCUAAUCUACAGUAGGGUAUUGAGAAAUUAAGGACGAAAUCCGAUAGGAAAUCGAGCAAUUUCAACUUUUAGUGGACAAAAAUUAAACCUUGUACCAGAAUAACUUUAGGUAUAUUGCAGUCCUUUUUACAUUUUCUUAAAGUUUAAGAUAUAAAUAUUUGCCUGAACUUCAACAUUUGUUUUCGACUUUUGGUGUUGUUAGAAAUGAUUUCUUUUGAGAAGAUAUUUAAAACAGUUCAAAAGAAGUUUGUAAUACACUGUAAAUAAUCUUGGUACUAAGUUUUUGUCCACUAGUUACUCGAACUUGAAAAUGAAACUGAACCUUGAUGAAAAUACAAUCAUUACAAAUUCAAAAGCAACUGACUGUGUUAGUGACAGCAUUUCUAGAAAAUAGCAAUUCUAGGAUAAGAAGUAUAUUUUUGGUUUCUAGUCUAGAGUAGGGGUAGAAAAUUGUUGCUCAACAAGGCCUGGUAAGGGACUUGUCAGAAAUUAGUAGGGGGCGAAGGGGUGGAAACAGAGGGAGGGUCACAACGUUUUGAGACUCAGGAAAGGGAGGGGCAUAAAAAAUGGGCCGUUAAAAGGGCGAGGGUCGUGCAAAUAUAUGCCCGUGAUCAUGCAGAGGUUCAGAAGAAAAAGGAAGUUCUUUAUUCGGUAAAAAAAAAAAAAACCUGGGAGAAGUAGGAGAGUCGAGUGAUCAGCUGUCAGCAUUACAAAGAACAGAUUAGACUAUGAUUUGAGUUUUCAUAAUACUGACUCACCCUAGUGUAUUGCAAGAACUUGAUUUUAUCAUUUAUACAAGUCGGGGGGAGAGUCAUGAUAUUUUAGGCCAAGCUCAAGAGGAGGGUUAGCAAAUUUCACUCCCAUUACAGGGAUGGGUGACCUCAUUUCCGAACCCAAAUUUAAAAUUUCCACCCCCUCCCCCCUGCUAAUUUCUGACAAGUCCCUAAAGGGUAAAGUUUUCAGAGUCCCAGCGGCAAACACCCAUCCGAAACUAAGUCACGCAAUCCCUCCCCCCCUCCCCCCGAAAAAAGCAAACCCCAACCGGGCAGAGAGAAAGUAGCAGAGUCCGUUGCUUGAUAGAUGUAUCACACUAUUUGUUAAUGUUGCAAAAAGGCUUUGUUUUUCAGUUCCUACGUGACUAUAUCAACUAAACUCAAGUUUGAAGAUAUUGAAUGCUAGAAUUAAUUUUUCCCGCCAUUCAUCUACGACUGAUUCCUGUGCCUUCCUAUUAGCUAAUCCUUAACAUUUAAUUGCGAAAUCUGAUUAUGAUAUGUAUUUAUUUCUAAAAAGAAGUGGAAAACGCGUGCUUAAAAGUCCACAAUUACUGGCGUGCUCAGCAUGGGGCGCGAGCGCUGGUCUGGGAUGCCACCUUGGCUCAACAUGCUAAGGCCUGGGCCAAAUACCUGGCGGCCACAAACAGAUUUGAACAUGCAAAGAACACUGGUGAAGGAGAAAACCUUUUCAAAUCCGGUGGAGACGCGUCUUACAAAGAAGCAGUGGACGCUUGGUAAGUGCCUUGCAUAAUCUAACUAAUCUUAGGCUGUGUUCACACUUAGUACCCGAGCAUUGGUACAAAAUAGUAUGACACUUGGUACGAAUACUCCAAGUAUCAAAGUACCAUCAAGUGCCCGAGUACAAGGUCGAGACCUUGCACCCAGGCACGGAAAUUUUCCCCUUGUUCUGGUGUGAGAACUUGGAAAAAGGUGUGUUCACAUUAGCGCUCAGCGAGAAUCGUACUCAGGCACCGUGCUCGGACACCAAGUAUGAACAUAGCCCCAUAUGAUUCGCUAACAUGGAGCCGAAAUAUUCGUUUGGCUCGUCAAAAGUAACUAUGUAUUUACUUUGCUUUUACAAUGUGUUUUUUUUGUUCUGUAACUGGUUACAAAAACUACGAUUAAACUACUUAUAACCCAUUAUAACCCGUCACUUGGAAACACUUAAAAACAUUAACGGAGCCCAGUCAUGGUAUUUUGAGUUAUUUUGGCCACGCUUUCACUUGAACAAAACUUGAAAGUAGUAGUAUACGAUGAUAGAAAAACACCAAAGAAAUGAUAAUAAACCAUAAAGGAGCAAGGAAGGUUAAGGAUGGAGGAGACUGACACGGAUUAGAAACAACAAAGUUGAAAAACUUAGGCCAAACUUUUCAAGAUGCACAAAAUGUGACGUAACUCCUUUAACAUCUUAGAUCAAAGUGAAGAAACAUGUUCAGCCUGAAAAGUGAUCAGAGGGUCGCAGUUGAAAUCUCAGGAAUGUCGGGAUACGUACAUCUGAAAUAAUACAUAACCAGGUUUUCUGUUCUCCACUUAAUUAAGGUACAAUGAAGAAAAACUCUACAAUUACAACAAUCCUGGAUUUAGUAUGGCCACCGGACAUUUUACGCAGGUAAGCUUGUGUAUUGCUCGCUCAAUUCAAAAUUCAUUAAUGACCAUAUUCUAUUGGAAGCAGCUUGCAAAAUAACUACCGACAAUUUAUGCUAACACUAAUGUGAAUAUAGAUGAAGGAUGUCUGGUUGGUUAAGUGCAUUAUAAAUAACUGCAUGGAUGUAUGCGUAAUUCGCCGCAUGUAUAGCCGUAAAAGCGCUAAAAUUAUCAGUUCAAUCUGAAAUGCGAGCAAUAUAUAUGUUAUUUAAAAAAUGCAACGGAUUCGGCAAAUCCUCACCCCUCAAGCAUUAAGCCAGUUAUGUAAUUCAUGAUACUAAAUUUGAAGUCAAAAGCUGAUGAAUGUUAAUGCAUAACUUUCAAAAAACCUUGAGUUGUUUCAAGACCAAACAUACAGCUUUAUAUUACGGCAAAGAUAUAAGACACCGUAAAUAAAAUGAAAUUCAGAACAAUUUCAUCUAAACUACAAGCAUGAAACAAAGCACUCGAUUACGAUCUCACAUAAACUGUACUCGUGCUGAGUUUUAAACGUUUUUAUUGGCAGGUGGUUUGGAAAGGUACCACUAAAUUGGGAUGUGCUAUUCAGAAAAGAGGACGGGAAACCUACAUAGUGGCACGCUAUUCCCCACCAGGAAACGUUGUAGGCACUGGCACGUUCGCAAAAAACGUGGGACGAAAGGUACAUGUAUGUUGA